AUGAGUUUUUAUAUGAAGGGAAAACAGUAUUGCUAAUUCAUGGAUUAGCUGAAUCAGGCAAAAGUACUACAGCCAAAAAAAUUCAAGAGUUUAUUUGGAAAUUACAUGAUAGCAAUAAAAAAAUUGGGAAUUAUGUACUAAUACCUGUUUAUAUUUCAUUACACUCUUUAAAAAACUGUUUUUUAAGCAUUAGAGGAAUCACUUAAGUAAGAUGAUUAUGGGUUUGAUGAUCUUUAAUUGAAAGAAUGUAAAGAGAUAUUGUAAAAGAAAGAAUUCCGAUUCAUAUUUAUAAUGGACAGUUAUAAUGAAAUGAAGCUAGAGAAUAUUUAGAAAAAUUUAUACAUUAAUAAUAAGCUCAAAUAAAAUUGGUCAGACCCUCUUGUUAUUUUUACCACUAGAAGUGACAUUUCCUCGUAGUAAUUAUGCCGACUGGUUUGCGCCUGAAGAUAAUUAGAGAUUUAAAGUAAUCUAGCAUCUUCAGUUUGAAUAGAAUUAAAAAUAAGAAUAUCAAUAUCUUAAGAUAUUUACGAUUUAAAGUAUUAAAAUGUUAAUUUAUGAUAUGCAUGAAUGGUAAGUAUAAACUUAAAACCAAAAAGCUCUGGAUUUUAAAAAGUUUGAACAGAGAUGGGAAAGGUGUAUUCAUCAUUAUAGAAAUUUGAUGAACAGGGUGGAAAUCUGA